AUGGACGAGCAAUCGGGCCUUUCAUCUGGCCUAAGGUCGACUUUCUCUUUUACCAGCUUUCUUUGGCUGGGCGCUCUCUGGAUCGGCUACCGGAUCGCUAUUGCGCUCUACAACAUCUCGCCAUUUCACCCCCUUGCUCGUUUCCCUGGUCCAAAGAUCGCUGCCGCGUCGUAUCUCUACGAAGCAUACUACGACUGGUGGCUGUUGGGUCGAUAUGGCAAGGUCAUCGCUCGCAUGCACGAACAAUAUGGGCCUAUUGUCCGCAUCAAUCCAGACGAACUGCAUUGUGCUGACCCAGCCUUCACCGAUGAGAUCUACGCCGGACCUGGCCGUAUCCGGGAUAAGUGGCAGCAUCAAUUGAACACUGGCGGAGCAGGACCUGUUUCAGUCACCGGCUUUUCCACAGUCAACCAUGAGCUCCAUCGUCAGCGGAAAGCACCGUUGAGCAAGUUCUUCUCCCGUCAGCAAAUGUUGAAGUUGGAGGGCGAGGUGCAGGACUUUGCGACCAUGGUGGCGAACAAGAUGCUAGCUUCGGCUGGUAAAGGUGCAUUCGACGUCAAGGAAGCCUUCAAUUGCUACACUGCAGACGUCAUCUCUCAGUAUGCUUUCGGUGAGCCCAUGGGCUUUGUGGCACAAGAAGGCUGGGAACCCAAUUUCGCCACAUGGGUCAAAUCCUUCUUCAAGAGUGCUUACAUGAUGCGACACAAUGCUCUGGGCCGAAAGAUGGCACAAGUCCUUCCGUUCAUGGCCGACUACCUGGGUGAAGAUGUCAAGACUGUUAUGAGGAUCAUGAAUGUCACAAUCCCACAGUACAUCAGCCAGGCUCUUAGCAACCCUGACAACGGACGUGUGUUUGCCGAAGUCAUGGGCAAAGACAAGUCCAUGUCCGAAGAGGAGAAGUACCGAUACUCGGGCGAAGGCUUCAACUUCUUGUUGGCCGGUACUGAAACAGCUGCUGCCAUACUUACAGUCUUCACUUAUUGGUCACUCGCCAAACCUGAAAUCUCUCAGAGACUCAGGAUGGAACUUUUGCAAGCUGGCAUUGCUUCCAACACGAUUAAGUGGGUCGAGCUCGAAAAAGUGCCAUAUUUCUGGGCCGUCUUGCAAGAGUGUCUGCGUAUGAUGCCUGGUGUAUCCCACCGUUCGGCCAGAAUUGCGACCCACGAGGAUCUCCACUACGUAUCGGCGGACGGCAAGUCAGACUGGGUGAUUCCAAGAGGAACGCCCAUUGGCAUGACGUCAAUGAUCAACCACUGGAACAGGGAGCUCUUUCCUGACCCUGAUGAGUUCCUUCCAGAACGGUGGUUGUUGGAGGAUGGAUCGCAAAACUACACGCUGCAGAAGAAGCUCAUCGCGUUCGGAAAGGGUACUCGCAGCUGCAUUGGUGAACAGCUAGCGUACUGUGAGCUGUAUAUUAUGUGCGCGCACAUGGUGCUUGACGUUGUCCCGCGCGCUCGUCUCGCUGAUAAUACGGUACUGGACGACAUCACCUAUGACCACGACUUGAUUGUUGCACAGACUACCAAGGGCUCCAUAUCUGUCCGCAUUGCUAUCGAUUAG